AUGGCUCAACGUGAUGAUUUACCACCGCUGGAACAAUUAUGUGAGGCAGUAGAGGAAGCAGCGGGAUCGCAACCUCCGAAAAAAGGACGCGAACGCUCAAAGUUUACCAUCAGCCAGGCAUCCACCUCGUAUCAACCAAUACCGAAAUCGUUCCUAUUUACAACUGGAAAUGGAGAAAUGGGCCAAUUGGGAUUGGGAGUACACUAUUUGGAGACGAAAUACCCGAUGUGGGUGAAAAUGGACCACGAAAUAAUUGGAAUACACGCAGGACUUAACCAUUCGGUAUGCGUUUCUGAUAAAGGGGUUGUGCUCACGUUCGGACACAAUGGUUUUGGUCAAUUGGGUCGACUUCUUGAUGCUGACAACACAAAAUUUAGUCCUGGGGUUGUUCAGCUUCCAGGAAAAGCGAUCCAGGUUACAGCUGGUGAGUGCCACACAGUAGCUUUAUUAGAUAAUGGUCACGUGUACGCUUGGGGAGAUUUCAAAGAUUCGUAUGGUACAAUUGGUUUAACGUUGGGGGGCCAACAAGCACUGCCCGUCUUAAUGUUUUCUAAAGAGCCGGUUGUAAAGAUCGCUUCCGGUUUUAAUCAUUUUGUUGCUUUAACAAAAUCUGGUGUUGUUUGCACCAUAGGAUGCUCGGAAUAUGGCCAAUUAGGUCGUAUUCCCGAUCAUAGCGCUACUAGAUACUGCCAAAACUCAAUGGAGAAACACUUGGCUUUGUACCCGAUCAAAAUCGACAACGAUCUCAAAUUUGAAAAUAUCUGGGCAGGGGGAGACACCACACUCGCGAAAGUAAAAGAUUCCAACGAUGUAUACGCGUGGGGAUACAAUCAAUUCCGUCAGUUGGGAAUUGCAGACCCUCAAAAGAUUUAUAUGCCAACUGUAUCGCCUGAUUUCUCACAAUACUCCUGGAAAAACAUUCGCUGCACCCUCGAACGUUCCAUUGGCUUGGACAUAAACAAGAAAGUGUACGUUUUGGGACGCCAAGAAGGGGGGCGAUUAGGCUUAGGUUAUAACAUAAGAAGUACACCUAUGUUGACUUCGAUUCCGUGCCUUGAAGGCUUAGGAGUAUCAGAAAUUGGAAUUGGAGCUGAUUGCUCAUUCGCUGCAACCGAUGAAAUGGGCCUAAUCGUUUGGGGCACCGGAUCAAGUGGAGAAUUAGGAACCGGCGACAUUGCAGAUCGUCUCAAUCCAUUCGCAGUCAGCUCAAGAGCCUUGGAGAAUAAGAGAAUUGUUCAAAUGAGUGGAGGUGUACGUCACUCCAUGAUUUUAGCUUUUUAUGUUGACCGCCCUAACAUGUAA